AUGGUCAUUACUGAUCUAGUGUUCCCAGAGAGUUUUGCUUUUAAAGAGAGAUUUCCAAAAGAUGGUUUAACCCUGACCUAUACCCAUCCAAAUCAGUUGACUAUUGUCAGUUCAGUAUCAGUAAGGGACGAUUUCUUCUUGCAUAGUCCUCGAAGGACUAUUAGCGAGAUUAUUGCUGCUUCUGAGGUUGUCAAAUGUGUUACCAUGGCCACAUUUAUGUCUAUAGACACUGAGUUUGGUUGGUAUUACAUGUCAUGCGGAGCUUGUGCUAAAAACGUUCUCCCUCAUGAUAUGGACUACUUAAAAGAACUGUAUCAUGGGAUAACUUUUAAGAAACAAUUGUGGCAGUGCAAAAAAUGCAUUGAGGAUGUUGAGAAUGUUUAUCCAUCGUUCAUGUUGACAUUCCGUGUCAUGGAUAAUACUGGUGAAACCAAAUUUCUCUUAUUUGAUCGAGAGGCAAAGGAACUUGUUAACCAAACUGCUGCUCAGUUAACUCAAUCUGUUAAUGAGAUUCAGGAUCUAGAUGUCUUGCCCUUGGCUUUGAGCAAUAUUUGUGGUAAAACGUUUCUCUUCAAGAUUACAAUUGCAAGUUCAAAUAUUGUUUUCAAUAGUGACACAUACAAGGUUCCUCUAAUGAUUAUGGAUGAUGAUGAUGCUGAAAUUACACCUAUAUCUAAACGCAAAAGCAAUGAAAAUAUGGAAGUGAUUAAGGAUACUGAUGAGUAUUCAGCUGCAAAGAAGAAGUGUUAG